AUGAAGCAAGGAGAACUCAAGCCACACACCAACCCUUUGAAGCCAGGUUUGACUGAACAUAACAAAAGAGCAAGAAUUUCUUAUUGUUUAAACUUCAUCAUGCCAGGUACACACACCACAAACCCCACAUAUUAUGAUAUGCAUAAUGUAGUUCAUAUAGACGAAAAAUGGUUUUAUCUUACUAAGAAAGAUCAGCGUAUGCUUUUGGCACCAAAUGAAGUUCCACCACAUCGGGUUGUCAAAUCCAAAAAUUUCAUACCAAAAAUCAUGUUUAUGGGUGCAGUAGCAAGACCAAGGUGGGAUAGAGAGGGAAAUUGUACAUUCGAUGGUAAACUAGGGCUAUUCCCUUUCACUAUGGAAGUGCCCGCAAAGAGAUCAUCAUGCAACAGACAAAGGGGUACAAUGGAAACAAAACCUAUCAAUAAGGUCAACAAAGAUGUAUUCAGAGAGAUGAUAACUAUGAAGAUUAUUCCAGCCAUAAUGGAAAAGUGGCCUCAAGAUGAUUCAGACAAAGUAAUAAUCAUCCAAGCAGACAACGCAAAGCCCCACUGUGGAGCAGAUAUCCACGAGUUCAUUCAAUCACAUAAUCAAAAUGGAUUCAGAUUCUUUUGGGCACCACAACCACCAAAUAGUCCCGACUUAAAUAUUUUGGAUCUUGGUUUUUUCAGGUCAAUCCAAUCAAAAUAUGAAAAGAGCAUGCCAAAGAAUGUUACAGUUCUUAUUAAGGAAGCUGGGCAGGCGUUCAAUGGCACACAUCCAAAAACUCUAAGUAACGUCUGUUGGAAGAUGCGGGAAAUCUACCAUUGCGCGCAAGUCACAGCAGUAGUGGAUGAUGUGAGGGCAGCAACUCAAUAUCUACAUUCACCAAUGCCAAUGGCACAAGUAGCUCAAAUCGAGGUGGAAGAAGAUGAAGAUGAUUGGGAACAUGAAGACUAUGCAAUGUCAUUGUAUGGUUAUAUACUUUUGUGCAAUGCAAUUAAUGAUCAAUCAAACUUUUGGAAAACACUAUGCCCCAAAAUUAUGCCUUCACCUAUUUUUUAA